AAAAUAUUGACUAAGCACAUCUCCAGCACGGGAGCACCACCAUGGCACUGCUGAAGCAGCUCGUCACCCUGGGUGCUGCACUGGCCUCAACAGCACUCGCGACCAACAAUGCAGACAAGGCAGCAGCAGCCGUGGAGGGUAUACUCCAGCAGAUCCCAGAAUACCUCUCUAACAUCACUGAGCGAGCCCUGUUCCACCCCAAGGGCUGGUAUGAUCCCAAGAUCUGCACCGGAAACGACGACAAGUGGUGUCUGUUCUCGAGCCGGGAUGUUGCGAGCGGUAGAGGCCUGGCCGUGAUAUCAACGCCCAGCAACUUCCAAAAAAUCCGGCGUCUCGAGGCCAUCAUGAACAAAAUGGAAACCAAGGCUGCUGGCCCGUUCAGAGACGACGAGGUCGAAACCGGACGCAUCAGCGUCGUUGCCACGGAGCAGGUCAAGCGCGCAACCAAGCUGAUGGAGCUACCGCCCGUCCUGAUGAUCCACAAGACGUUCCUCGAGGACGCAGACAAGCACACACAGGAACACAUGAUCUCUGCAGCGCUGUCCCUCCUGCCGGAAAAGACACGAGCGCUGGUGGAAGCCGCCGCGGGCAAGUCUCACCUCGCCGCCAAGUCGGACACCAGCAACACCAGCAACAGCAGCAGCAGCAGCAGCCGCAGCAUGGUGGCGAUCCUGCGCGCGCACCCGCUCGAGGCCAGCACGGGCGCCACGCACUGGGACGGGCCGGACCACGGCCGCCACCUGGCGCUGUACCCGGAGGUGCUGGCGCUGGCGCACGACUGCCGGCCCAACGCGGCGUUCUAUAUCGACCACACCGACCUCACCCUGCACCUGACCGCGGCGCGCAAGAUGCACCCGGGAGAGGAGCUGUCCAUCUCGUACAUCAACCCGCGGCUGGGGCGGGCAGAGCGCGAAGCGGCGGCGCGGAGGAUGUGGGGUCGGCCGUGCAGGUGCGCGGCCUGCACGGGGAAGGGAGGGGAUCUGAAGGCGCUGGCUGGGGCGGAUGCGAGGGCGACAGAGCUGGCGGGGAUCGAGGCGGAGCUCAAGGAUGCCGACAGCGCGGCUGUCACGGAGGAGAUGCUGCGGAGGUAUGUGCGGUUGAUGGAGGAGGAUGGCUUGCAGAGUAGGAUGGCCGAUGCAUACGAGCAGGUGGCUUACAACUACGGGUAUCUGGGGGUCGAGGACAAGGCAAGAAGGUUUGGGAACUUGGCCAUUCAGGCCGCAACCAUCGAGCAGGGGAGAGAGUCCAACGAUGUUACUGCCUUGAGGGUGUUUGUUAAUGGUGUCACGGAGCAUUAUAGUUGGCGGUGGAAGAUCAAGAGGCGUGGGGGCUAA